GUUUUUGACCUAAACAGUUGCCCGUGAAGGUCUCUAAAAGCACAAUUUUCAAAGCCCAAAAAAUUAUUUUUUUAAAACCUUUCAAAAACUUUUUCUGAUGUGCUAGAAUCGAUUUUUUUUGUAUGGUUCGAUUUGCCAGAAGCUCCUCUUUAAAAGUGUACGAGCAGUUUUUCAAAAUUGUUUUCCUUCCUGGAGAAAAGUGAAUUUUACCUAUAACUAUGCGAAAACCUAAAAACCGUUUUCAGGAUUUUUGGAAGUUUCGCCAAUAAUACAAUGGAGACAACACCAAGUAGGUUAUAAACGAUGCGGAAUUUGAUGGAGACACAACGGAAAUCUCCAGGUGGUUUCUAAAGGGAUUUUGAAGGGAUUUUUACGUAUCUACAUGGGAGAAAUGAUUCAUGGGUGAGCUUUUUAGGUGAGGUUUGCUAUUCUCAAGGGUGUGGGUGUGCGCGUUUGUGGGCUUGGGUAUGGUUGUAGGUUCAAAAAGUCUAUAUCUAUGCUAACAAUCACAGCCACAGCGACACCAAAACCACUUAAAUAUUCAUUUAGUUGUGGCAGCAUUCAUACAGAGAAGAAAAUCAGAAAAAAUUCUAAUUUUCUUAUGAAUAGCACACCUCACUUAAAAAAAUACACUCAUGAGCCAUUCCUCCCAUGUAGAUGAGUGAAAAUCCACGAGAACCCUUCAAAAACUCUCUAGAAAUCACCUGGAGAUUUCCGUAGUGUCUCCAUCGAAUUCCCCACCGUUUUUAACCUACUAGAUGUUCUCCAUUGUAUUAUUGGCGAAACUUCCAAAAAUCCUGAAAACGGAUUAUUAGGUUUUCGUAUAGUUUUAGGUGAAACUCAAUUGUUUCCACGAAGCAAAGCAAUUUCGAAAAACUACUCGUAUAAUUUUGAAGAGGAUAGUCUGACGAAUCGAACUAUGCAAAGAUAUCAAUUCAAGCACAUCAGAAAAAGAUUUUGAAAGGUUUUAAAAAAAUAAUUUUUGGGCUUUGAAAAUUUUGCUUUUAGAGACCUUCACGGGCAACUGUUUAGAUCAAAAACAAAUUUUAAAGAUAUUUUCUGAUUCAGUUUUUAAAGCUGAACAAGAGUGUGUCCUUUUCGAAUAUCUAAGUAGAUUCUAAAGUCCACAAAUUCAAUUUUACAAAAACCAUGGGAAAAACAAGUUUUUUGAAAACCUGAAUUUUUUUUUUGAUUUUUUGAACUGAAGGAAGCUUUGAAAUAACUUGAAAAGCAUAUAUUCGUGAUCAGCGUAAAAUUCUGUAGCAGAUGAUGUGUGAAAGACGUAAAUUCAUAAUUUCACUUGAAGUUCGUCUUGCGCGAACCUUAGUUUGUCAUUCUUGAUUUCUAGUGAUUUCCAAUGAUUUCUAGUGGUUUCUAGUGGUUUCCAAUGAUUUUUAGUGAUUUUUAGUAUCAGAAAUAGCAAGAAAAAGGUUGAUUUCUCAUAUCAGAAAUCACUGGAAAUCACUAGAAAUCACUGGAAAUCACUAGAACUGACUAGAAAUCAAGAAAUCAAGAAAUCAGUUUUUUCCCCUUGACAUAGACACAAAAAUCGGUGUAUUAGGGAGGAAAUACAGUUUUUACGUAGAUAAAACGAUUGCCUAUUGUUGUUAGCAUCGACGUCAACAUAUCCAGGAACAACAACAACAUAUCCAGGAACAACAACCACAUAUCCAGGAACAACAACCACAUAUCCAGGAACAACAACAUAUCCAGGAACAACAACAACAUAUCCAGGAACAACAACAACAUAUCCAGGAAUAGCAACAACAACUACAUAUCCAGGAACAACAACAACAUAUCCAGAGAUGACACAAUAUCCAGAUUGGGAAACAACAGGAUUUCCAGAAAAUUCGGUUAUCUCUAAUUAUUCAAGUGCUUUAACAUUUAGUAGCGAACGCUACUCGAACCAAAACAAAUACUAUGAAGCGAUAGAAGUCAUCGUUUACAUCACAGGCAGUUACAGUUUCACUAGUAUAAGUGAUAUGGACACUUUUGGCUAUCUGUACACCGGUCAAUUUAAUCCAUCGAAUCAAAAUCUGAACUUGCUAACACAAAAUGAUGACUAUUCUACUAGUAAUCAGUUCAGACUGAUAGCUUAUUUAGAGGCUGGUGUUACAUAUACAUUAGUUGUUACAACUUUCGGCUCGGAUGUAAGGGGUGCAU